AUGCAGAACUUCUCGCAUACAAUAUGGAUGGGUGAUUUGGAACCCUACAUGGAUGAGGUAUUCAUUAAAAAAGCUUUUGAAACAUCUGGUGAAAAUAUAGUCAGUGUAAAAGUUAUCAGAAAUAAGGCGACCUGUCAAACCCUUGGUUAUGGUUUUAUUGAGUUUCCCAGUUCUACAGCUGCAAGAGAUGCUAUGCUUAAAUUAAACGGCAAACUCAUUCCUGGCGCUCCAACCAGAAGAUUCAAGUUGAAUCAUGCAAGCUAUGGAAAAGACAGUACUUCUAUCAGUGAAUGUUCAUUAUUUGUUGGUGAGUUAACAGAAGAUGUCGAUGAUCUUGCAUUGUUUAAUGCUUUUAAAAAAUAUGCUACUUGUCGAUCAGCUAAAGUUGUAAUGACAAAUGGAAAAUCCCGUGGAUAUGGAUUUGUUCGAUUCUUAACAGAAUCUGAUAUGGAUAAAGCACUGAUUGAGAUGCAAAAUUAUUGUGGUCUAGGAUAUAAACCUAUUCGUGUGAGUUUGGCAAUACCAAAGCGUUAUAAUAUGGAUGGAAGUUUGGUUGUUACCACAUCAGUAUCUGAAUCAACUUCAGUAGUUCCUAGUGGCAUGGCUGAUCCGUUCACUGCUGCAGUUGCUGCUGCUGUGACUGGAAAUUCAGCUGCUCAAGCAGAAUAUUAUCAAGCCUAUCAACAAUACUACCAACAGUAUUAUGCGUCUCAAUAUGCAGCUCAGUUUUAUUCUGGCGACUCAUCCACUGAAGGUGACGCUGCAAACUUAGGCAUAACAUCAAUAGCCGGCGGUGGUGCAUUUAUAGGUGAUGCUACAGUACAACAACACGCAUUUGUUGAUGCUGCUGCUUCACAAUUGUAUGCUAGAGCUAUUCAGCAGGGCACUGGUUCUCAAGAAUAUGCUCCGGAGCCUGAAGUGUUGUCGUCCGCUUGUGAUCGUCCUCGACAUGUAGAUGAUUUAGACGAAGUUUUCAAUUUCUUGGAGUCAUCACGAUGGCAUAUAACUGACCCAUCACUGGAAUUAUAUCUUAAAAUAAGACCAUAA